GCCUCACACUUCUUUCUCGUUUUCCCGCUCGUUCAUGAUUCUAUAUAUCACCAGGUAGCCAUAGGUGCAGUUCUGGGAGCAUUCAGUGUCCUCACAACCUUUGGAGCGUCCCCACUGAAACUCGCCGCGAGAAUCUGCACCCGUCCGGUAACACAACAUGGCCUCGGAUUCUCAGCCCCAAGCUCCCGUUGGACCUGAAUAUCGACCAGCUACCCAGAAGCCCAAGGCUACCGUCUCGACUCCUCUGCCCCAUGACAAUGUCCAUAUACUGCCUCAAACCCCGCAGCUGAUAGCGCUGCUAACGAUGAUUCGGGACACAAACACUGGUCGAGCAGACUUCAUCUUCUAUUCGAACCGAAUCAUUCGAUUGCUCGUCGAGGAGGGCCUCAACCACCUGCCAGUUGUAGAGCAUGAGAUCACUACGCCGGUUGGGAGGAACUAUGCGGGAGUCAAGUUUGAGGGCAAGAUCUGUGGCGUCUCCAUUAUGCGCGCCGGCGAGUCCAUGGAGCAGGGUCUGCGGGAUUGCUGUAGAUCCGUGAGGAUUGGAAAGAUCCUCAUUCAACGAGACGAGGAGACCUCGAAGCCAAAGCUCUACUACGACAAGCUCCCCGAAGACAUUGCCGAUCGAUGGGUCUUGCUCCUCGACCCUAUGCUUGCUACAGGCGGUUCCGCACUUAUGGCCAUUGACGUCCUCAAGUCUCGAGGUGUACCGGAGGAACAUAUCCUAUUUCUCAACCUGAUCGCAAGUCCCGAAGGCGCGAAGAAAUUUGCAGACCGAUUCCCGAAGGUGAGGGUGGUCACAGCCUUCGUCGAUCAAGGGUUGGACGAAAAGAACUACAUCGUUCCAGGACUCGGUGACUUCGGCGACCGUUUCUACACGAUGUAGGCGUCCAACAGGAUAUCAUCUCUGUCUCCCAAGGUAUAUGUGUGAUAUAGGUUGCGAGGGAUAGCAUCUAGAAUUUGAGCGGGCUUCGGCCUACACCUUAGCACGCCACACCACUGAUAGUGUACCGUGAGCAUGCGCUGAAAACAUUCAUUGAAAAGAUCCACCCAUGACCAUAGUAGGC